AAGGAUUCAGAUGAUCCAGAGAUGGAUUCUUCUCUCUUACAAGUUAACCCUUUUUGUGUCAGUCGGUGUAUAGAAUCCGAGUGCAAAAGCUGAUUGGUUUUCCUACUACAGUGGCUAUUUUUGCCAUUGGCAACCUAGAAUACAUAUCUAGUGACCUCUUGGAAAAGAUCGCUUCCUCUGGAAUCGUUCUUAUUCACGCCCCUUGCGGUGGGAACGACUUAAUUAGUUUUUUGUACGAAUGGUCUGAUGAGGCGCACCCGGCGCAGCAUGAAACACAACGUCCGGGUGGUGGUUACAUAAUGUUGAUAUCCGGUGAUCAAACGAUGGUUAAUCGUUGUUCUCUUCAUCGAUUUUCUAAAUUCAGUAAGUUUUGGUGCAUAUCCACAAGAUGUUUGGCCAGUAACAACCCUUGACGUUCAGGGUGAGAAAGUGUUUGUCAAAGAGGUUGUCUGGGAAUCUUUACUUAGUGACACCGCAUCACCAUGGGCCAACCUGGUGCCGGAAGAUGAACCUCUCUGCAUGUGCGAAGUAUGCCAUGUUGUUGACCAUACAUGUAAAGAUUUCAUCACUCAUCUCAAGAGUGAACAACACAGAGGAGAAGUUGUUUGGAAUUGCGGCCCGUGACUGUGAUGGUAAUCCUAAAUAUUUUUGCACAGUUUGCAAUUAUCCCGCCUACGACGAAUUCAACCUGUCCCUCCAUAACGACAGCAAAGAUCAUAAGCAGAAGCUGGCUGAUAAAGAGCCUCCUCCUCAAGCAGAGGAUUGCGAGAGAGAGCAGGAAGAGAAAUCCACAAGCGGAUCUCUUUAACGAGAUAAACAAGAAGCGAUCUUUUGAUCGAUGGUUGCCUAAGGAUUAAUAAUAAAGAAGC